AUGCAGGCUCAGUUUUCUCUAGAUCCGUCGACGCCGGCAAGUGUUCCGAACAACCGAUAGCCAUUUCUCAAAAAGGAAGCCGGCGAUCAAUAUACCUUCCCAAUCAUUCCCGUGGCUCACCACCCACCAUCCCGGCGAGUAAACUGCAAAACAAGAGCAAAUCGAGCUGGAUCUAUUGAUUGGUGGUGGCGGUGAUGUGCACGCGAAGCCCCAGCGACUCGGCGAAAUAUCAAUCGUCAUCCAACUAAAACAGAUCUGCAAACCAAAUCUAUGCGAGCUGCGGGUGGGUUUAGGUUAGAAACAGGAGGUCUUUGGUUGUGUGGUUCUGGUGUUGAAGGCGGAGGGGUUUUUCUUUGGUUUGAGCUUGGUGCUAACGGCGGUUGAAAGGGAGGCUAAUUUCUCUGUGUUUGCUUCUACUUUAGGUAAUUUCUGAACAGAGGAGCCUUCUGGGAAUGGUGUUGAAGGGGACGAUGGGAGCUCGGUCCCAUGGGUGGGAUCCCUCCCAUCAGAUUUGGAUCCAUCUUACCUAAAAAGCUCUGCCGUGGGUGUUUUUCUU